AGGGAGGAGGAACCAGCAGCGGAGACCCAAAUGUCCCUUGGAGGAGCAGGCAGGUGAAGACAUGGUGUGGAGUUCGGGAAGGGCAGGGAUUUCCAAUCGGGAAGGGCAUGCCUUCAGCCAGCUUCAUUCCCUCCGGGUCCUCCCAGAGAAGCUCUCCCUGACCACCACCGCCCCCAAGAAGCCGCCAGCCAAGCGGACCAGAUGGAACAUUCUAAAAUGUGCCUACAUGAUGGUCACCUUCUUGUUCGUGUCCUACAACAAAGGAGACUGGUGUUACUGUCACUACUGCAACACAGAAGAGGACAUCAGGACCGACCCCUGCUGCUCUUUCUAGCAACACUGCUCCGUCUCAGCUCGGCCCUGGUCAGUCAUUCAUCUGCCCUGUAGUCUCGCCUCUCGAGAAGCCUGUUGGCCCCAGAAGGCCAGUUUGGAGGGUGAAGAACUGCGGUCCUCUGAGGGUGACACCUGUCUGCCCAGAGGCACUGCGGGAAAGUGUCCCUGAGGGUCCCGACAGGCCCAGGGUGACUGAGCACCAGGGGUCUCCCCACGACUGCUCUCCCUGGCCUUGCUCAACUUCCCCCACUGUUUCUCUGAUUAAACCUACACUAGCUGAAGCAGCUGAAGUCUCAGUUCUUCCAUUCACGGGGGGCCAAAGGU